AUGAAAAUUAAGUCAUCUUCCACUCCUCGAAUUCUGCUUACAUGUAAAUUUGCUUGCCGAAAAUUAGCUAAACGUUUCUAUAGAACCUGUGUUGAACAUCAUAUAUUCUUCAAAAUGCAUCAAAAUCGUUCGUUUCUUUCGAAUACAAUUAAAGAACAACCGUUGAAACCUCAAUCUCUUAUCCUACCUACACGUCAAAACUUACGAAUCGGUGAUGAAUCGAAUCCCUCAGUAUCUAUAAAUGGACCGUGUAGUAUUGAUUAUUUAUCCGUCAGUGAUUUACAGUCACCGAAGUUACCAACGACGCCUACACGCUCAGAAUCAGAAAUAGCCGAAUUCAUGAUUUCAUCAAAUACUGAAGUAAAUCAUGAGUUUCCUACACCAUCUAUACGUCAUUCACAAGUGGAUAUACAGCCUCAAGUGAACUUAUAUACCAUUGAAAAGACGUAUUCCACUGAACACUUAGUGCCAUCUACUUCUUAUGCACCGUCUGCUAGGAAUGCUUCAUAUUUCCAACUUGAUACUAACUUAGGCAGUCAUAUUACCAGUCCACCACUGGAAUGUUCCAGUCGCGUAAAUAUCUUAAAUGUCACUGCUGAAGAUGAUCACUACAGAUCUCCAGAAAUUCAAUUCUGUGAAUGUAUGCAUAUAUCAGAAGAAUUGAACUUAAAUCCUGAAGAUCAUGUGCAUCAGUCUACUUCAACUCCGGCUAACACACAAUUAUCAUUCAGUCUGGAUGAUGAUGCUGUCAAUGAUUCAUUACUCAUGCCGCCAGAAAAUUCCAAUUUCGAAUCAUCUUCUAAUGAAGUUUGUGAAACUUUAUUAAACUGCAGAAUUUCUAAUAUGCAGUCAGUGGAUACAGAUCCAAUAAACUGUGACAGUUGUUUACCUACUGGUGUAGGUCACUGUUUGCCAACUUUACAGAAUGUUUCAACCUGUACGCCUUCUUCACAAAUUACAACAGAAAAUCCUAUCGACCCCUUAUGGUUCAAUGUAUAUCCAUCAAUCGAUUUCAAGUUAUUGGAUAGGAUUAUUUCACCAACCUACAGAUCGAUUAUUUCCCCUAAUGGUCAAAUUAUUCGUUUAACAUCGGUGAAUGAUCCUAAUCAUGCUGUAAGGCCUUCAGCAUCGUCUACACUUCCCUGCAGUUUUCUUCAUUUGAAUUCAAAUGAUAAAGAGGCAGCAUCAUAUUUCCCUAUACCGAUAGUUCAAACACGUGCUGUUCGUUUUGUUUACGAUCCAUCACUUCAGAUAAAUGAAUAUAAAACGUUUAGUAAUUCACAAAUCCAUCUUGUCUGCGCUAAUGAUAUUCCACUAGUGUCAACUAAGUUUUUCUACCAUCAUUAAUUAUUAUUAAUAGUGUGUGUGUGUGUGUGUUAUUGUGCAAAAUUUCAACUAUUAAAUUACUAAUAUAGCCUUAUUGUUUAGCAGCCUUUUCUUCCUUUAUUAUUAUUAUUAUUUGAAGAUUAGUCAUUAUAUAAUGUCAUAUGUAAAGUAUAUUUAUAUAUUUGUUUAUUACUUUUUUUUAAAAAAGCCUUUUGUUUUUAUCCUUGAUCACAUUCUUUCAAUCAGUUUAAUCUCUUUUUUAUUUUGUACUAGACGUAUUAUAUUCUUGUUGAAUGAGUAAUUGUGUAAAGACGGUAGAAUAUUUUCUUCUUGUCAAGUGGA